GCUGUCUUGAGCCCUUGGCGCCUUCUGAGAAAAAACCACACAUUUGCGCGGACACUGCGAGCUAUAAGUGCCCGAGACAAAAAACGCAUAUAAACUCAUUGUUUUUUUCAACAUCGUGCUUUAUCAUACAAGAAACAAAAUGAAUCCUGUGCAUGUGUCAGUGGCUAGAGAAGCGAGACUACGAGUAUUUCUAUAUGAUCAUCUCCACCCCGACAGUAUUAACAUUGUUAGAAGAAAAGAAGCAUUCAAUGAUAUUGCGAAUACAGUUCGAAAUGAAUUCAACAACGCUAUUAUCAUCGACGCGGACAGAGCCAACGCAAUUUAUUGUUAUUUGAGAAGAGAAUAUAGCUCUAUAAAUUUAAGAUUAGCAAGGGGCGAGCUCGAUAUAGGAAUGCUGACCAAUAAGCAGAUAGAAAUUUUAAGCAGCAUGCAGUUUCUUGAACAUUUCGCAAGACACCGAAAUGGAGAAAGAAAUGUCAACUUACGCGGGGUUUGAGUUCACUUUUAUUUUCAUUUCUGUCAGUGACAUUCUUUAUAAUUUAAUUAACGUUUAUUAUACUUCAUUAUUUAUAUACGUAAUCGUAAAAUUUUAAUGUUUAUUCCUUGUAUAAUUACUGGUGUCUAAAGUUAAUAAUAUUAUACAAAUUUGAUAUUUCUCAUCGAUGUACAAGUAUUAACGAAUUUAUAUUUCUUAAAAUAAAUGUAAUCUAUAUUCAUUUAAUUAUAAUUUAAUCUUACUUCACCAUUAUUACUUCACCAACUUUAAAUAUGUUAC